ACACUCCUCUCUGGUGUCACUGAGGGUAUAAAUUGGGGCUGGGCUCAGUGUGUGCAUUCACAUCAAAGGCCAACAUGAAGACAGGCACAGUCUUUGUCCUAGUGGCUUUUGUCAUCUUGGGGAUGGAGAUGGCCUUCGCUCAGAGACGUCCUCCUGGAAGGGGAGACAGACCUGGACUCUGCCCCAAGCGGCCUAAAGAUGCCAUGGGACAUUGCGCUGAACUCUGCUCAGGAGACGAAUCAUGUCCCAGGGGAAUGAAAUGCUGCAGCAAUGGAUGUGGCCACGUAUGCAAACGUGCUAUCCAUGUGGGUGGUGUUGAUGACCAUGUUGAUGACCAUGUGGAGGAAGAAUGGGGGGUGUAAGUGUGCCUGAAGACCAGCCCCAGAAGAUUGCUCAUAAAUGCAUGGAUCCAAUUCUUGGCAUAACAUUUUCCACACACCAUUCCUGGCAAGUGUCUAUCCCUUGACGUGCAGUCCCAGAAGAUGAAGAUCUAAAGUGGUGGAGUGGCCGAUUCUAAAGAGCUUGUGUCCAAAAUAAAUCUUACCUGUGGCAUUAUU